GGCAUCUCAGUGAUCCAGAGCAGCGUCCUUUUCCCUCUUUGCUGUCUCCAGUUGAGCAUCACCUUGGCCAUGAAAACAAGUGCCGUUUUCCUGCUCCUCUUCCUAGCAGUCAGCUUCACCCAAGGGAAUGCUGAGCCUGACGGCGCUGCUGACCAAGGAACAGAGGCAGCGUGCGGCAAUUAUGACAUAAGGAAAGGUUGUACAAAGAACUUUGACCCCGUCUGUGGCACAGACAGCGUCCUGUAUGGCAACGAGUGCUUGCUGUGCGUUCAGAACAUGGAAAGACACACUGACGUGCGCAUAAAGAACAGGGGGAUGUGCCAAGAGCCCUCUCCACGCUCCAGCUCUGCCUGAAAUUAAAGGCACGGCUGUGACAGAGAAGAUGGCAUGAAGGUAUUCCUCACCUCUCCAAACUCCAAAUAAACUGGAAGCAUGACAAGUG